AAGUAUGCCAAGUUUGGAAGAACAAAUGGCAUAGCCAGCUCAAGAAAGACAAAAAUGGUGUUUUCUAAGAUUGCAUUUGCUCUGUGUGAUCACCUCUUGAGGAGGUGGGUUCUUCCAUUGACGCUCCUAGCUGCUUCUUUGUUGCGGUACAAUCUAUUCUCUCUCAUUUAUUUGAUCCUAUUUUGCGUUGGUGUCCUCAUACCAAGCCCUAAACUAAAGAAGCAGAGAUUUUCUAGUGUCGUGUAUCUUUUUAUUAUUGUUAUUGCCUCGUUGCUUUUCACACUUGCUCAAGUGGGUUUCCAGAUAUCACUAGCAACUGGCUUUACGUUAGGAUCAUGCGAUACACUGGAAGUCAUUUUAAGACAAAGUGGACUAAUAUUGUUUACUGUUCCUCCAGUUGAUAUUGUUAGACAUUUAUUGCCAGAUGUUGUUGUUCUCAUCAUCAGUUCGGUCUCAGCUGGUUUUGCUCUUAAAGUCUCAUUUCUUCAUUCAGUGGAGCCCCCACCAUCAACUGGCUUUGAUUCUCCAAAUGAAGCGACUGCCCUAACCUCUACCACUCGUCCUAUGACCCCCCAACAAGAAUAUUACCAGUUCCCGAAAUGUUUUCAAUGGAGUGUUGAAUUCCUGAUAUUUAUCAUGUUCCUUUUUAGUGGUAGCGUCGUACCAUCUCUCACUUCUUUCUUUUACUACUUCUGCUUCUUGUUCCUUCUUUUUGUAUGGAGCUUUCAUGGGAGGGUCAAGCUGAUGUCCCUCGUAAGACUCAUGAGGAUUGUGGCCAUGCUCUACUCCUCCUGUCACCUUGUGGUACUCUAUCUCUACCAGUUCCAGUCAUUUCAGCUAGCACUGCCAGUUGAACCAAUGUCUGACAAUGACAGUUUGAUUGCUAGGUUGUUAGGGUUGACCCCUGUAAUUCAGACAAUAUGUACCAAACCCACUCAGUUGCUUAUAUGGGAUGGCACACCAGUCACGUAUUUCAUCAACCCUUGGGCAUUAAUUGGGAUGUUUUGGAUACUGGGAUCUGACUUUCAGUUGUGGCUCUCAACAAAGAAAGAUUUGUGGAUAAAGGACUAUUCAUAUUUCAUUCCCGUUCUGCCAGAAAUGGGCGGAGAGUCCUUUGUUCCCCCACGCUACGGAGCCACUGGUAACACUCCGGUUAACGAAACCAGUUUAACGGUGGGUGAUGGCCACAGCAUAGCCUCCAUUGAGAGCAGGCUCAAUAGCAUAAAGACGCUAUGGGACAAGUUUGUAAUACGUGUUAAGGAGCUAGCACACGUUUUGAUGUCAGUUAACUAUGUUGUGUCGCUGGCAGCCAUGAUGGCAUGGGGUGUGAUUUAUCCAACGUGGGUUGCAUUGGUUCUUCUUCUAUGGGCCUGUGGCAUGUGUCUCAUUCCAAAGAUUGAUCUCAAACGUUCAUUCUAUCUCAUCUCGCCGUUACUGUUGCUGUAUUCUGUGGCUUUGGUCUUGCUCCAAUAUGUGAACAGUCUUAAUCUCUCGCUCUCAGUUAAUGUAGCAGUUGUUGGUGAAUGUGAUACUCAAUCAACUCCUUGGGCUCUUCAAAACUGUAGAGCUCUUGUACUCACCGUAAAGAGUCUUCUAAUGUUGCCAUUCUGUGCUUCAGUCUAUCAGUUUAUUAGUACUUGGAAUCUAGUAAAAGAAAAUAGUGAGGAGGCUCCUCCAGCUGCUGCCCCUAAUGGAGAUAAGGAAGAGCAGAUAAGCACAGUUGCUUUAUUGCAGUCGCAGCUAACAGUGAUACUCAUCACCUACUGGAUACUGGUUGUAGUUGGUGCUUUUCUCCUUGUCAUACUAGCUGGGGAUGCAUCAAUUUUAAAGAGUGUCUAUGUUGUAUUUUUCUUCAUAUUAUUACUAUUUUAUCAGAUAUUUCCUAAAUGGUGGAUUUACAUCAUGUAUCCAUUUUGGUGUCUAUUGGUAGCUUAUACUACGCUUCAUCUCAUAUUGGUUUAUACCUUCCCUUUUCCUUCAAUCAAUGAUCUUUGGAUGAGUGCAUACAACUCUAGCAAUCAUGGAUGGAAUUUCACUGCAGAAGAAUUCUAUGAUGCACUUGGUCUAUUACAGUACACGACCUCAGGGAACACCUCGAGAUCUCUUUUUUAUGUCCUCGUUCCUCUUGCGAUCCUCAUCAUAGUCCUGGCAUUACAGAUACGUUACUUUACCCCGUGGGCUACUUUUUGUUCCCCAGUAGCUCAGGAAGAGCUCGAUGGGAGUACUGACGUGUCAUCAAGGAAUGCUGAAAUGCUUUUUCAUCGAAUGACAAAUUUAGUGUCGACAAGAGAGGCUACUGAUACUAAGAGAGAAAGGGAGGUAGAGGAGAAGGAGGAGGAGGAUGAGGAGGAGAUACAUGUAGAGGAAGAGAAUGUGGAAGAUAAGGAUCAUAGUGAUUUCUCUCCUGAGCUCACUUUGUACAAAGUUGCUAACUACGUAUUGUUCCAGCUGCGUCGUGGGAUCGUCGCCAUUUGGUAUCUCUCCUGGAGGUUCCUCGAACUUCACAUUCACAAAGCAAUUGUUCUUUCUUUAUUCGGCUUGUGUCUCUAUGAGGUGAGUGCCUCCUACCUCAUUCUGGUUGGACUGGUACUUCUUGUUGCUGCUCUUCCAAUCAUUAACGGAUUAGCCUACCCUGCUGCAACUCUUUACUUGGGUCUAUUGUCUCUCGGGAAGUUUUUGUUUCAAAUUUCACUCAUUGAGUCUUUCAACAUUGACGUGGAUGAGGAUUGUGUGGAUCCCGGUCUAUCCAGCAGGUCACUCCUUUUCAAUUACACUUACAGUCCAACUAGUAAUGACAGCAGUUGGAUCGGGCUCAACAAAGCUGCAUCAGAUACCGAAUAUGUUGCUGGUCCACUACUUGUAUCUCUUUUAAUAGCAUUAAGCUACUCAACCAGAAGGCAUCAGGCAUACAGUAUUGAGAAUAAGAGGCUUACCAUUGAGAGAUGGGAGAUUGGUAGUCUGUUCCUGGGGGUAAAGCAAGAGCUGGCUCACCAUUCGUGGACUGAUGCUAUCAAGUACAUCUUGAAUCACUUUUUUGAGAUGUAUGGAGUAGAGUUUUGUUGGAUAAUACAGUCAAUAGUGAUAGCAGUUAGGAUUGAUAUUUAUGGUGUUUUUGCUGCAAUAUUGCUUGGAGCUAUGCUCAUCACUCCUAGAAGAUUCCUCCGCAUAUUUUGGAUGCUGUACCUCACGAUUCAAGGGAUACUGAUAUUAGUACAGUAUUUAGCACUCCUGGGAGCACCCACCAGUGCAAUAUGUGAUAAUGGUUACCCGUGGGCCUCUAAAUUCAAUGAUACAUAUCAUACCAGGCUAGAGAAGUGGCUCUUUAUUCCUCACACUGGUGCUGAUAUACUGGACAAGCGUUGGCUGUUUGUUAAUCUCAUUAGCUACUUAUGCAUGGCUCUCCAGAUGAAGUAUUUUGUCAGAAACCCAUUGACCGGGUUACCAGCUGUUACUGAUUACCCAUUCAUGUAUGACACUGAUAAAUUCCUUGAUUAUCUCAAGAUAUUAUUAUUCCAAUAUUACUUUUGGCUCGCCAUUUUCUUUGUUUUUGUUGCCGGAGCGUUUGGACUCAACGUGUUUGGUUUGAUAUUUCUCCUCUUGUGUUUUAUAUUUCUUUAUCGUGGGCAAUUACUACUGAGUGAUGAGAGGACUAAAAGGAAGAAAUGGUGGAUGACACUGAGAGCUUUUAUCUACUUUAUUCUGUUGAUCCGUAUCAUGAUUGAGUUGCCUGGUUGUGUAUUCAUUCCUGAGAUUAGUUUCGGAGGAAGGUGUGGCUUUAUAUCUGUCAUUAAUCUACACUGCUCUGAGCCAUUGUAUUAUGGCAUACCCUCUAGUUUAGAUUGUGAUAAUAAUCCUCACUCUUCAACUGGCCUGUGGUUUGAUGUACUCACUUUCAUAUUAGUCACAAUACAGGUUAUAUUACUUGAUACCCAGUAUGCUGAUCAGGUAGCACGUGAAAUUAAUGAGAAAGAAAGUUCCGCUGUCGAAUUUUCAAAGAUACUGUUUGCCGUCCUGGAUGAAAAUGAAAAGAAAAGCACAGAAAAGCAAAAGGAGGAACUAGAAGAGCUGAAGGAAAGAGCUGGUAAACUCAAAUUGACUGAAGGGAAGAUAGCACAUUUACUUAACGUUGGAACUCGGGUUCCUCCUGAUUUCUCUUUGACAGUCUCACCUACUCACUCAUCAAAGAAAGACAGUUCACCCACUGACAUAGAAGAGAAGGAGGAGGAAGAGGAGGAGGAGGUGAAGCAUAAAUCCAAAGCAGAGGAUGUAGCGGAAGAGAUCAGCAAAUGGAAAAAGGUCGGUUCCUUCUUGUGGAAGGUCUGGCUUGAGGUGGUGGAUUACAUUAUUAAUUUCCUUGAGGAUAGCAGUGCUAAUUAUAUGGAAGUCUUAAAACGUGUAGCCAAAGCUCGUCACGAGUCCCAUGCACCUGCUGCUGAUAGCCCUCACUCCGAAGAAGGGAGAGGAUUAGAAGAGACAGGAACUAAACCACCUGGUAUUGCUGUACAAGCUGAGGUUACUGAGAGUGGAGCUACUCCUCCUGUGUCUGAGACCAAGUUCACCCACUCCUCUUCGGUUCGAAAGUCGCCAUCCUUUCCCCCGCCUAGUAUGAAAAGGCUGAGAUCCUCUGGUUACAAUUUUGACAAGUCUGGUGACAUUAUUCAAACUUUAAGAAUUGCUCCAAGCUCUGACCAUGAGGAGCAAGCUAAAGCAGUCCAUGAAAGACUAGAGAAGCUCUCAACUGAAUACACUCGGAGACCAAAACGAUUGUUACGUGCACUCUAUUACUGGACCCUUUCUCAUUUUAACUACGUGGUCAUCUUCAUGGCUAUUCUUGCCAUCAUUAGAUCGGGGAGUUUCAUUUCCUUCUUUUAUGCAGCGAUCAUCUUCAUGUGGGGUCUGCUAUACGUUCCAUGGCCUACCAAGAGAUACUGGAAUAUACUACUCUUCUUCACUAUGUUUGUCCUAGUCGUCAAGUAUAUUUACUAUUUCGUUUAUUUUGCUAUUGGUAACGAUGGGGAGACUGGAGACAAUGCGUUCCUGGGAUUGAAUGGCCCUGCUUCUUGGUUCUUUGGUAUUGAGACCACCUCGUCUUAUUUCUCUAAUUCCUUUGUUCAUCUUCUCCUCCUCAUGUCCAUUAUAUUCCACAGAGGCUUGCUUAAGCAACACGGUCUAUGGCAGAACAUUUCAACCCUUAGUAAAAGGACAGGCAUACUGAGGAGUGUGUUUUAUCGCUUCAUUGGUUUCUUUAAGACGUUAUUUAGCAAGACGACGAUUGCUGGCGCUAAGGACUUGUACAAUUGGAUGCUCUUCUUUGAUUGUCUUUGCUUCAUUACAAUUGCUUUGGGAUAUUCUAGCUUUUCUGUUAGUACAGGGUCUGGUGAUGUACCUGAAGUGGCUACUUACAUCCAAUCGAACAACAUUCCUCUAACAUUUCUCACAAUGUUAUUCUUGCAGUUUUUCUUCAUGCUAGUUGACAGGGCUAUUUAUCUUCGUCACUCUAUCAUAGCAAAAUUUGUUUUUUACGUCACUUUGUUAAUCUUAUGGCAUAUAUGGAUGUUCCUUAUAUUGCCUGUAACCACUGAAAAAGCAUUCAUUGAUAAUCCAGCUGCUCAGGCCAUCUAUUUUUUCAAGAGCAUGUAUUUCAUAGUGUCGGCUCUCCAGAUGAUUUCAGGAUAUCCCGAGAGGCUACUUAAAAAUUUUGCUGCAAAGAAUUUUUCUCCUCCUGUAGGAUUCAUAUUCCUUGGGUAUCGUGCAAUACCCAUUAUCCCAGAGUUGCGGGAGGUGAUGGAUUGGGUAUUUACUGAUACUUCGCUGACAGUCAUAAACUGGCUAAGAGUUCAGGAGAUAUGGGCACAACUGUAUCAGAUUAAAGUUAGGAGAGUUCGAGAAAAGUUAUUGCCCAGAGAUCUUGGUGAUAAGCAAAGUUUUGUUGUCAAGCUGUUCUUGGGUGGAGCUUUCUUAGUAGGACUGGUUCUGCUCAUAUGGGGACCGCUCCUAGUAAUUAGUCUAGUUAAUGAAACCAGCACACCUAAUCCACCUAUAUAUGCUACUGUUGAUCUUGAUUUGGAAGGAUAUCAGUUAUUGCAAAUCCAAGCACAAUCAUCAUUCAUAUAUGAGUUGAAUCAGGACCAAUAUAGUACUUUGAGGAACAAGAUUACCACCACUACAAUAAGACGCGAUUUCAAUGAUUUAUUUCCAAAGGAAAAUUUUAGACGCAUUCUCUUUCCUGGGGGCUCAUCCUUACUGUGGACAGCUAGUCAACCAUCACAAGAUCAGCUUAAAGACCUGCUGGCUCUAAGUGCAAAGGCAGUACAUAAACUUGUUUUUUCGUGGUCAUUUAGAAGGUCUCCAGGCACAGGUGUGGCUAGUGAAGUUAUUAGUGGGAGUAAAAAUAUAGAAAUCAAUACUGAAGUGGCGAGACAGUUCCUUGAUAAUCUUAAUGGGAAUUUAUCCUUAAUUAAUUUGACUUCACUUUAUCCUCUGUAUGUAUCAGCACCUGCCGCAGAGAUGUCAACGGAAUAUACAUCAAUAUCAAAUUAUAUAAGUGGCAAUACUGUAGUUGACUGUUCUGCAUUACUGAAUAGAACAGAGACACUGAAUAAUGUCACUAUUAAUCAAUGGUGGACACUGACCCAAUCUUCAAGUUAUGUUCUAGCAACUGGGAAUGAGUCACCUGGCUCUUUGGAGAUGAUUGUUCACAGUGAUCCUGUUGUCCCUGUUGUCUUUAGCUUUGUCUCUAAUCUCGGGAUUAUUGGUCUGUAUGUGUCUGUGGUGCUGGUGAUCAGUAGAUUCUUGAGGAGUUUCAUCAAUUCCCUCAUGUUUGAAAUAAUUAUUGAUGAAAUACUCUAUCCUGAUCCUCUACUUGAGUUGUGCGAUGAUAUUUUUGCAGUUCGAGAAGCAAAAGAUUUUGUUCUUGAAGAAGUUUUGGUUGGAAAGUUGUUUUAUAUUUUCCGAUCGCCAGAGAGGCUGCUGAAGAUUACCGAACUUCCUAAAACUAAACAAGAUUAAAUUAUUAUUGUUAUUAUUUCUUAAUUCAUCAUUGUUAUUGUUACAGUUUUGCUUCAAGUCUUAUUUUUCAUAAAUUAAAAAUUAAUUUUACUACAGACACGUGCUUGCACGUGUGUAGUUAUAACCUCA